CACACCAUUACAUCCUUUUUGUCUCCCUCCGCCAUUGCAUUUGAGGCGGCAUAAUGCAGAUCUUCGUCAAGACCCUAACGGGUAAAACCAUUACCCUAGAGGUAGAGGCAAGUGAUUCUAUUGAGAAUGUCAAGGCUAAAAUCCAAGACAAGGAAGGUAUUCCUCCAGACCAACAGCGGUUGAUCUUCGCCGGUAAGCAGCUCGAAGAUGGACGUACUCUGUCUGAUUACAACAUUCAAAAAGAGUCCACACUCCAUCUGGUUCUGAGACUGCGAGGUGGUGCCAAGAAACGCAAGAAGAAGAACUACACCACACCAAAAAAGAACAAGCACAAGAAAAAGAAGGUCAAGCUUGCAGUCUUGAAAUAUUACAAGGUUGAUGAGAAUGGGAAGAUAACCCGAUUGAGGCGUGAAUGCCCAAAUGAGGACUGUGGUGCAGGUGUAUUCAUGGCGUCCCACUUCGACCGCCAGUACUGCGGCAAAUGUUGCCUCACAUAUGUCUUUAACAAGCCUGAGGAAAAAUAAGCUGUAAAUUAUCUAAAUAAACUUGGCUCUCAAGA